AUGCCAAGAUCUGCCUUCUGAUCAUUUUUAUAUAUUUUUUUUUGCCAUUAAUUUCACGAACAAAAUGACUGUUCUAAUGCCCAAAUCAUAUGAGCAUACAUGUGCCCCACCUAUGCUUGUGGUUUUGUUUUCAGAUAAUUCUAACUCACAUCAAUCUCCCAUGUAAGGACAUUUUAUAUUUUGGCAAUUCAGGCCAUUUCAGACUAACCUGUUAUAAUUCAUAUGGGCCGUGCUGCACAUUGCAUUGAGGAGUGCGUCGCGAAAGGCCAAGCGUGCGAUGAUGCGUGUGAAUAGCACGUGAAACCCGGAGUGUGUGAACUGCAGACGCCUCAACGGACGUUUGGGCUCAUUGGUUGGCAUAUGGGACUGAUUUGCAUGUGGUGGGAGUGUCCUGAGACAGCCCUCGGAUGAAUGAGUGGUUCAAGUCAGACAGCAAGUCGGCUUUGGACUAAGCAGACAUCUGCAUGGCUCAAAAUGCUUCGCCUCUGUCAAAUGCUUCUCCUCCUGCUAUAAGUGGAAACGGCUGGAAUAGGAUAUACCAUAAAUAUGGUCGAAAGAAAACUCCCUGGACUUGGCCCGAGAGGGGAAAUAUGGGGAUUUUUCAUCCUUUUGCUUUACGCCGGCUCUCCGUCCUGUUUUGCAAGCUUCAGUCAAGCAAAAGAACUCCUCUAUAGAAUAAAGGAGGGGUUACCAAAGGGGACCUUCAUAGGAGCCAUUGGAGUGGACUUGAAUUUGGAUUUGACAGCUGACCCCCCCUAUUUUUUCAGCGUGGCUCAAAGGAGUUUCAGCGAACAGUACGUGACACUCAAUAAUCUCACCGGAGACUUUUUUACAUCCGCCACGGAGAUUGACAGGGAGACACUUUGCCCUUCUAACCCACACGGACACGGAUGUUUCCUCUCAGUGGAUGUGUUUGUGCUUCCGCAGCAAUAUUUUCAACUCAUCAAAGUGAAGAUGAUCAUCGAGGAUAUCAACGAUAACAGACCAAAGUUCCCCGUGGACGAGAUCGUGAUAUCCGUCCCGGAAAACACAGCCAUCAACGCUCGCUACGCGGUGGAGCAGUCCGCAGUUGACCCGGACCUGGGUCUUCAUGGAGUGCAGACCUACUGGCUCGUGAACGACUUUGGCGUAUUCACGCUGGACGUGGAGGAGAACGAAGGAGGGGAGCUGACGCCCUUCGUCAUCGUGACCGAUUUUUUGGACCGAGAGACGCAAGCCGAAUACAUCACAGACAUCAUCGCAGAGGAUGGGGGGACCCCUCCUCUACUUGGUGCGGCCACUCUCAAGAUUGUCAUCUUGGACGUGAACGAUAACUGUCCCCAGUUUACGGAGUCACACCUCAAUCUCACUCUGCGCGGCAACUCCACCAAAGGGACACAUUUGGCACGCCUGCGUGCUUUUGACCCCGACAUCGGGGCAAACGCUCAGAUCAGCUACGCUUACAGUGAGCGUGUGCCAAGGGGGACCAGAAGCUUGUUCCAUUUGAACCGAACUACAGGCGUGAUCAAAUUAGCGGGGAAAAUAGACACCGCUACAGCCACGUCUUACAAACUCACCGUUCUGGCCAACGGACCCGGUUGUAUUCCCGCUGUCGCCACCGUUGCUAUUCGUUUGAUCAAAGUUCGAAUGGGUCCCCCUGUGGUCAUAGCCAGAUACAUCGCCCAGGAAAAAAACGGGGUGGUGACCAUCAAAGAAUCUGAGCCAGCGUACUCCCCUAUUGCUUUUUUUACGGUCAAAAAUAUCGAUGCCAGUCACAAGGUGGACUGCCGUUUGGAGGGGACCGGUCCUUUCAGGAUUGGACCGUACCAGCUCAUCAAAAACGAAUUCCUACUUGAAACCACAGAGCCGCUGGACUACGAAACGGUUCAGGGGUAUGAGCUCGUUGUGGUUGCGGAAGAUAGCCAAGGGCUCAUCAUCGAGACCUUCCUCAAGGUGCAGAUUUUGGAUGAAAAUGACAACGCCCCGGUCUUUCAGCAGUCUUUGGUGGAGAUAUCUCUCGACGAGAACAAUCCACCCAACACCUAUCUCACGCAGCUCCAGGCCACAGACCAGGACAGCGAAGCCCGAGGGGAGGUCAUCUUUCUCCUCGGAGGCGACGCUCCCGCCAUCUUUGUUUUGGAUCGGCUGACGGGUAUCCUGAGCGUGACCACGUCACUGGACCGGGAGGAGAAGGAUACGUACCGCUUCAUGGCGAGAGCGGUGGACCAGGGAACCCCACGGAGGGAGUCCAUUGCCACCGUGGUGGUGACCGUGCGAGACCGCAAUGACAACAGCCCACGGUUCAUCAAUAAGGAUUUCACCUUUUUUGUGCCUGAGAACUUCCCGGGUUACGGCGAAAUCGGGGUGCUCUCAGUGACCGAUGCCGACGUGGGGGAAAACAGCUGGGUGGCCCUUUCCAUCCUCAACGGCAGCGACAUCUUUCUGAUCGACGCGGGCCGAGGCACGUUAAGGGCCAAGAUCUCGCUCGAUCGCGAGCAACAGGGUACGUACCAGCUGUGGAUUGAGGCCGUCGACGGCGGGGAACCUGCGCUCUCCUCGGUCACCAUGGUGACCGUUCUGCUGUUGGAUGUCAACGAUAAUCCACCCGUUGUCCUCUUCCCUCAGUCGAAUCAGUCCUACAUGUUGGUUCUGCCCAACACUCUGCCAGGAACAUCCAUCACAGAGGUGUACGCUGUGGAUAACGAUACAGGAAUGAAUGCUGUGAUUGCAUAUAGCAUCAUUAAAAGAAAGGGAGGGGAGCCCGGGUCCUUUUCCAUCGACCCAGAAACGGGCAAUAUCACUUUAGAGCGGGAACUCAGCAACCGCGGACUCCAUAGCCUUCUGGUAAAGGUCAGUGAUCAUGGUCAGCCAGAGCCACUCUACUCCACAGUCAGGGUGAACUUAUUUGUGAAUGAAACGGUGAGCAAUGAAAGCUACAUCCAGAGCUUGCUGACAAGAGAGGCUGAUAUUGAAAUAGAGGACAGACCCUGGCAGAUUGGCCAAUUGCAGGAGGGACCCGAGAGGUAUGACAUGUUUCCGUGUAAACCUGCCCUCAUUGCCCUUUCGGUGACAUGCGUCGGGCUCUUCUUCUCCCUUGUUACACUGACAGCUUGCAUAUGCUUAAAUAGGUUUCAGAAGCAAAAGGCAAAAUCCGAGGUUGAGUUACCUCUGAAAAUGAAGACGGACUCUAUGCAGGCCAAUAAUCGGAAGUUAGGGCACGUCUCAAACAUCUGACGUCACAUCCACACAUCUGUUGACACCACGGUUUACAACAUACACUGUGAGAAGGCGACAUAUGGUCCUUGUUCAACGUUUGUCAUGACAGGCGAAACAUUCACUGCAUUGAAAAAAAGUUUUGGGUGAACUGACUUCAUUUUUGUUGUCAAGUGGUUGCAGGAAAUAAAAUCAUCUCGAUUCAGAUUUUCAUGUAGACUG